AUGAGCACCCAACAACGCCGGUCUGUGGGCCAGGAGCCUGUCAUGUCUGUUCUACCAGACGGCGAUAUUCCAUACGACCCAACACACACGUUCGAUGCCGACGAGGAGGCACUGGCUGCGCUUGGUUACAAGUCCGAGUUCAAGCGCGAAUUCUCCCUCUUCACUACCUUUUGUGUUAGCUUUGCCAUCUUGGGUCUGCUCCCGAGUUUUGCCUCGACGCUUUACUAUGGUAUGGGGUAUGCAGGGACCGCAGGUAUGACGUGGGGAUGGCCCUUGGCUAUGAUUGGCAUUCAGUGCAUAGCCAUGGGCAUGGCCGAGCUGUGUAGCAGUAUGCCUACGAGUGGUGGUUUGUACUAUGCAUCUGCUGUACUGGCUCCAGAUCACUGGGGCACCGUCCGGCAAGUACCCCCUUUACAUUUUGGGUCUACAAUUGGGACAUGGAUUGACUUUCGAGCAGUCAACUACGGAGCUUCGGCUAUGAUACUUGCCGCCGCCAGUAUCAACGAUCCGUCGUAUGUACCAACCGAGUGGCAGACCUUCCUCCUUACCGUCCUUCUCAUGAUCAUUCAUGCCGCCCUCUCAUCUAUGCCAACUCGAUGGCUUGCAACGUUCAACUCUAUAGGCUCGACAUUCAACUUCAUCGCCCUUAUCAUCGUCAUCAUCAUGAUUCCAGCGGGAACUGAUCGCGAGGAACGCGGCCUCCCCCGCUUUACCCCAUCAAGCGAGGUCUGGGGUACCAUCUACGAAGGUACAGCUUUCCCACCCGGUAUCUCCGUUUUGAUGAGCUUCAUCGGUGUCAUUUGGACCAUGUCGGGUUACGACGCGGCGUUCCAUCUGGCAGAGGAGUGCUCAAACGCGAACAUCGCUUCUCCACGCGCUAUCGUCAUGACGGCUGCUACCGGUGGUCUUUUCGGCUGGUUUCUACAGCUCGUGGUUGCGUACACGGUCGUUGACGUUGGAGCUGUCCUACAGUCCGAUCUAGGCCAGCCUUUCGCUGCAUACCUCAUGCAAUGCAUGUCCAAGAAGUUGACACUGGCAAUCCUCGCAAUGACUGUCAUGGCGGCCUUUUCCAUGGGUCAGGGAUGCAUGAUUGCAGCGAGUAGAGUAACAUUCGCCUACGCACGUGAUGAUUGCUUCCCGCUUUCGAAAUACUGGAAGCGAGUGAACAAGCACACACAGACACCCGUGAAUGCUGUGUGGUUCAAUUGUGCGAUUGGCAUUUGCUGCUUGCUCCUUAUCUUUGGGGGUCAGUUGGCUAUUGGUGCUUUGUUCUCCAUCGGCGCUAUUGCGGCUUUUGUCGCUUUCUCAAUCCCCAUUUUCAUUCGCGUCGCUUUCGUGGGAAAGAACUUCCGUCCCGGUCCAUGGCAUUUGGGCAAAUGGUCCACGCUUAUUGGUACCAUUGGGUGCUCUUUCGUCUUGCUCAUGAUUCCUAUUCUGUGCUUCCCCAGCACCACUGGAGCUGAACUCACCGCAAAAGGUAUGAACUGGACGUGUGUCGUCUACGGCGGCCCAAUGCUCUUUGUCACGAUUUGGUGGUUCGUCUCGGCGCACAAGUGGUUCAAGGGCCCCAAGGUGAACAUCGAACAUAUGAUGUUGGGACAGCAUGUUGUUAUCUCGGGUCAGGCUGUGUCAGUCCAUAGCAAGGAUGAGAGUGGCUCUGAAGGCGAGGCCGUGAUCGACAAGGGUAUCAAGUCGUGA